AUGGAGGGGAAAUUGUUAGUUUUGUUGACCUUGGCUCUCUCCGUCGUGAAGCUUUAUGGAAGUUUUUUAGAGGUAAACUACCCAAAUGUAAACGUCACGGCCGAGCCAAAUGGAAGCGUUGUCGUUCAGGGAGGUGUUGGAGGCGAUAUAUUGCUGUACCCCGGAAAAAUUGGAUCUCUAUACAUCAACGGCUACGACAUUGAAGGCCUAAUCGCUAUGGUGAACAGCCUCCCACCUGUCUGGACCAAACAAACUGUACAUGACUCUCUCGGCACGUUUGAUGCAGGGAAGAACCUGUCCGUCACCAUCAACGCCAAGGACCCCGAGGGGGGAGCGUUACAGUUCUCCUUGAUAUCUGGUCGAUUCCCACCUGGCAUCAGCCUCAACAACAAAACCGGCGUCAUCAGCGGCAUGGCGCCCAACUACGACGCCACCUACAGCUUCGGUAUCCGUAUCACCGACAAAGACGGCAAGUACGCCGACGGAACCUUCUCCAUUGACAUCAGAGAGCGAGAGCUGUGUUCCUCAAGGCCUUGUCUCCACGGGGGGACGUGUGUGGACGUCCCGGGGGGCUUCCGCUGCGACUGCAUGCCCCUUUAUGGGGGUAGGGCCUGCGAUGUCUUAUGUUCUUUGAACCCCCUCGGUGUUGGGAUGAAGAACAAAGUGGUCCCUGACGCCCAGAUCACGGCACAUUACAGCUUCAACGGCUCCCAGGCCUCUGACGGACGACUGGACGCACCUGUUGGUGUGGGAUGGGUGGGGCAGGGACUGGGGUCCUGGCUGCAGGUUGAUCUGAACACAGAGAUGAAAUUGAACCGGCUCGCUGUUCAGGGCGUCAGCACGAACUUCUACACAAGCGAGUUCACGGUCCAGUACAGCACCGACGGCAACGUCUUCACCGACGUUCUUGACGCUGCCACUAAGAAGACUGAGAUAUUUCACGGCAGUGCGUCCUAUUUGAUUCCUCAGCUGAAGCCGUUCGACCCCCCAAUCCGGGCGCGGUUUGUCCGCUUCCUCCCCCUCACGUGGCACAAGGGGGCGGGGACACACCCGGGCUUGCGCGUGGAGCUGUAUGGAUGUUAACGGUCACAAUAUAAGUUAUAACUUCACAACAUUCACAAUAAAAUUUGAAACCUU